AUGGUGGCGACGCUUGUUGCCGGACCCGGUGUAGGGCGAAUCGGCGUAGGCUUCCUCAACCUGCCGCCGGUGCCUUUAGUGGUGAAGAGGGUCACCAGAGGCUCCUGGGCGGAGAAGCAAGGCAUCCGCUGUGGCGACGAAUUCAUGUCCGUGGACCAUCGGAGGUCUCGUGCCUUCACAUCCUCGGAGUUUGUGCAAGCGAUGAAGAAGCGGCCUUUGGUGAUCAAGUUGAGACGGACGGUGCGGAAGGAAGGAGCCGAGGUCCCCGUCCUGCCGCAGUUGGCAAGCUUCGGCGCGGAGGCGCCGGACACCCAGAGUACGGACCAAGAGGAGGAGGAAGAAGAGGAGGAUGAGGAAGAGGACGAAGUGGCAGAGAAGCUAGCCAAAGAGGUGGAGGCCAAUGCGAAGAAGGACGAGAAGCGGCGGAGUCUCUUAAAGAAGCCCCAGGCCGCGGCUCUGCCCUCCAGGAAGCGGCUCUCACUGCCAUCCUUCAAAGACGAUCGCUUGGCAGACGAGACAGACCAACCGGACGAAGAGGCAGCCGACCAGGAGAUCUCCAGAAAGGGUGGUUUCUUCACCAGGGGUGCUCGUGAUACGAGCUCCUACUAUGGCAGCUUUGAUCGUACGAGUGACUCACGGCUUUGGUCCGGCCGGCAUGCGAUUACGUACAGCCCCAAAGAGGUGGCAGCUGCCUAUCGUCUCACGGAUGUCGUUUUCUUCACCGCAGCCAUAGCUGCAUUACUUCUGGGAGUGCCCUGUAGUUUCCUGCUGACCAUGCAGCUUAUGGGCCCCGAGCUUCCAGAUGCCCUGCUGCCCUACAAGGAGAAGUUGACGCCGCGCUUCUUCGAAGUGAGGGCUCAGGUGAUCGACUUUGUCCAGGAUGUCGUGAACCCCGCCCUGCCCACGUACUCACAGCAGAAGAGGGAUCUACUGCAAACCGUGUCGCAUCCGACGCAGUGUCCGGAGCCGCCGGUCCUGAAUGAGCUACGGCAGCAAGCCAAGGCUCGAGGCCUCAUGAAUCUCUUCCUGCCCGAAGUGUCCCGGCUCUCCGUCCUGGAGUAUUCCCCAAUCGCAGAGAUCCUUGGCACCAACGGCGUGGCCAACUUGGCUAUGAACUGCUCUGCGCCGGACACAGGCAACAUGGAGGUCUUGGAGAAGUUUGGCACCGAGGAGCAGAAACAAAUCUGGCUGAAGCCUUUGCUGAACGGAGAGAUCCGAUCAGCUUUCGCCAUGACGGAGCCUGGCGUAGCCUCCAGUGAUGCCACGAAUAUCUGCACAAAGAUUGAACCCGAUGGUGACCACUACCUGAUCAAUGGCCACAAGUGGUGGAUUUCCGGGGCAAUCCGACCCGAAUGCAAAGUCUUUGUCGUUCUGGGCCGCACUAGCUUCAGCGGCCCCCUCCACAAGCAGCAGUCCAUGACAAUGAGUCGGCAUUUGGCAUCAGCUUCUCCCGUUUCCAAGCGGGAAGGCUCCUUAGGCUCUAGGAUUCUGGUGCCCAAAGACACGCCGGGUGUGAAAAUCCUGCGGCCCCUGGCAGUCUUUGGUGAAGAGCAUGACCAUGCCGAGAUCGUCUUCGACAACGUGCGCGUCCCGAAGUCCAACAUGUUGUUGGGCGAAGGCCGUGGUUUCGAGAUCGCCCAGAGCCGCCUAGGACCAGGGAGGAUACAUCACUGCAUGCGGUCCUUAGGCUUGGCUGAGCUGGCAUUGGCCGCCAUGGUGGAUCGCGCUCACCGGCGGAAGGCAUUCGGCAAGCUGCUGGCGCAAAAGGACGCUGUACGCAUGGCCAUUGCCGAGGCUCGCAUUGAGAUAACCAAGUGCCGGCAGCUCUGCUAUUUGGCAGCGGUGGUGGCGGAUGAGCAGGGUUUCAAGGAACGGGACUCCCACCUGGCUAGCAUGUUCCUGGGCCGUAUUCAGUUACUCUUCGACAUCUCAUUGUACACAGGCAUGCGCACUUUGCGUGUGGCGGACGGUCCGGACAUGGUGCACCUGAUCACCAUCGCGAAGGACGAGCUGUCCAAGUGGGACGGUUUCGUUGGACGUCACGUCAGCGGCACCAACCCGAACGUAGAGAAGUAUGGCAAGUUCCAGCACGUUGAAGAUGGGCAGCUGUACUCAGGCUGGAAUCCAGGCGCCGCACCUGCGCUUCCAGAGGCCAUGCUGGUUUGCCCAGUUUACUCCCCACUGACCAUGGACGUCCGGUCCCCGGCUGUGCCAUCGGCGGCACCGCGGCAGGAGAAGGUUGGUGCUGGGGUUACCCCGGCCAAUGGACAAGCCUUGCAUGGCUCGCCUGCCGAGCGGCCGGCAGCAAAACGGUCAGUCCACUCUGCCAACCAAUCCUUCUAUGCUUACGGCCCACCUGGGACGCCACACAGCGACUUUGUCAGGAUCGUCUCCUCGAAGCUACCGUACCACGUUCGCCCGGACAAGCCCUCCAGGACGUUGAACGAUUGGCUGGCGGCCACCACCUCCGUGCCGGAGGCUUUCACAGUUGAGAUGAAAGGUUCGUUGGGCCUACAAUUUCCGGUGCUCAACCUCAUUGGCACCUACGGAGCCGAAUUCGACGGCACCAACACCGCGACUGCCAUGCAUCGCCUAGCAAAGUGGCACAGAGAGGCGCCUCACCACAGGCUCUUCGAGGACCCCCGGUGGCACGAGGUUCUCAGCCAUUUGGAGCGCAACAUGCAGGCGCCAAAUUUCCAAAGUCGCCAGCUGACUGGAGCCUUGUGGUCAUUCGCUACUCUGGGCAGGUGCAUCGUUGGUAAGACACUGUCAAUUGCCACGGCUUGCCAUUGCGGCUGGACCAUGUUUUGA